AUGCUUGGGCCGGACGACCUCUUGCUCGGACGCAGCUACUACUUCCACAUUCCGAACCGCGUUGGCAACACCAUGACCGACCCGUAUCCCGGCAUCCUCGCUACGCGGGAUGAGGUGGAUUAUCUCGGUGCCGGAGUCAGCAAUGACGCUUUACACGUGGGCGGCAAGUUCUGA